CUUAGAUCCGUCGAUGAAUCAGGUUUUACCUCAUUUAAAUCCGGUGUUGUUUGUUAACCUUCUGCUUAGAUCCGUCGAUGAAUGAGGUUUUACCUCGUUCAAAUCCGGUCUUAUUUAAAUAGCCAUGUCAAUUCAAGAUAGACCCACCUCUAUCUCAAUUCUGCAAUCUAUGCAAUCUAUUUCACCACCACAAUACAAGAACUCAAUUCUCCUUGGAUAUCUAUUAGAAAAUCAAACAUUGCCAUCCAUUUCAACAUUGCCAAUCAAAGUUAGGCGGACUAAAGAUUGGUCGCGAACAACGGCAUUGAUUUCACCCGAAGAUAGAAUUAGUGAUCUCCCUCACUCAAUUCUCUCUCACAUUCUCUCUUUUCUCCCAACAGAUUUAGCUGUCCGUACAAGCAUCCUCUCUAAGAGAUUCAAUCCAGUAUGGCUUUCUAUCACCACUUUCAAUAUGUUUGACGUCUACCGUAAGCAUCUUCUACAUUCAGCCAUGCUAGCCAUGCUAUCUCGAGACAUCGCAUUGCCAAUACUAUCCUUCCGCCUAAUGUGUACAUUUCCCGAAAUUGCCCACGACCUUAUCUUCGAAGCUACAAAAAGAGGGGUUCAAACCAUAGAACUUGACCUCAUGUUUUCAUCUUUACAGAUGAAAACUCUUUCUAACCAACACUCUUGUAAGACUCUCACUUCUCUCAAAUUGACAAGCGUAACCAUUAAGGAAGAUGUUCCUCAAAUAAAACUUACUUUUAUUAAAACUCUUCAUUUGGUUGAUGUUAUUUUCAAACGUCCGGUACAAAUGAUCAACUUUUUCUUAGGCUUUUCCGGUCUAGAGGAAUUGCAUACAGAUCUUGUAUAUGUAAUUAGUAGGAUGGAAUUUAUUCCAAACCCAAUGGUCAACUGUUUGCCCAACUUGAUCAGAGCUAAUAUCUCCGACAUUCAGCUUAUUCCUUUCUUCCACCUUUCGAGGUCACUCAUUCUCAAUCUCAACAAGAUACCGCUGCUCAACAUUGUCCAUCUCCCCGACUUUUACAAUCUAACUCAAAUGGAGAUAGUUUUUAAGUUUGAACAAACUUGGAAUGCCAAGUGGAAAUGGAUACUAAAAAUUCUUCAACAGAGUCCCAACCUUGAACACCUUAUUAUUCACCAAGAAAUAGAAAGUGAAAAUGGAAUGAAUGACAACAAUUGGGAGGAUCCACGGGAAUGUGUUUUAUCUCAACUCAGAACUUGUUUGUUUAGACUCUGGAGCGGCACAGAGUGUGAGAUUAAAUUUGCAGAAUACAUAAUGCGGAAUUCAAAAGUAUUAAGUUCCAUGACAAUUCGCUGCUCCUCUUCCAUAAGCAGAAAGACAAAGGAUGAAAUAUUACAUAAAUUAUCUAUUUGUCCAAGAGACUGUAAACUUAUAUUUGGUUGAUGAGAUCUUGAUUUGAUUGUUUCUGAAACACUAAGAACUAUG